UUGUCGGACUAUUUUUGGGACUACAAUAUGUACAUGUUCGACAUUUAUUUGAUUGUGAUAUUUUUUUGAGUUAUGUACAACAAUUACAUCUGACUGUUUGUUCUAGAUUGAAACAAACCACAAGUACAAAUCAAAAUGAUGGUUUGCCAUUAGAUAAUGAUAGUUUAGAUAAUGUCAUGACACAGGAAGAUCAAUCAUUAGAUCAACAAUUAGCUGUUCUAGUUCAACAUCGCGAUGAUUUACUAAGAACUGGUGUAUAUACACAACAGGAUACGUUAAUUAAAGAAUUAGAAAGACGAAUACAAGAAGUAAUGAAGAGAAAAGCGAAACAAUAA